AAGUCAACCAGAUGGUCCAGGAUAACGUAGUCACAUUCCCCUUCCAUUCUUGUUGCCCCUUCCCUUACUCACCCCCGACGACCUCGACGACCUGAGCAAGCAGGGCAGCAUGGCGGCGCCACCGCACCCUUUCGUCUACAUCGACGCGGCGGCGCUCCACUCGCUGCUCCCCUUCCCUUCCCUGAUCCCGCACCUCCGCGCGGGCCUGGCCCACCCCGCGCUCGCUACCGGCAUCCACUGCCCGCACCGCGUCUCCUUCCCGCUCCCCACCGCGCCGUCCGCAGCGCUCCUCCUCAUGCCCUCCUGGUGCGCGCACCCCUCGCUGCCCUACCUCGCCCUCAAGGCCGUCACCUCCUUCCCCUCCAACUCCCCGCGCCUCCCCUCCGUCCACGCCGCUGUCUCCCUCUUCAGCUCCGCCACGGGGGCCCCGCUCGCCUCCAUCGACGGCUCAGCGCUCACCCUCCUCCGCACCGCCGCCGUCUCCGCGCUCGCCGCCUCCCUCCUCGCGUCCCCGUCCCGCCCGCCGGCCACUCUCGCGCUCGCGGGCGCCGGCGCGCUCGCGCCCUACCUCGCCGAGGCCCACCUCUCCGCGCUCCCGUCCAUCUCCCGCGUCCUCGUCUGGAACCGCACCAGAGCCAAGUCUGCGGCCCUCGUCGCCAGGCUCCAGGACGCGCACCCGGGGCUCGCCGUCGAGGUGGUGGACGAGAUGGACGACGCGGUGGCUGCGGCGGACGUCGUGAGCUGCGCGACGGGGUCGCGGGAGCCGGUCGUGCGCGGGGAGCUGCUGCGCCCAGGCGCGCACCUGGACCUGGUGGGGUCGUUCACGCCGGCGAUGCGGGAGUGCGACGACGAGGCACUGCGGCGCGGGAGGGUGUUCAUCGACUUCGAGGCGGCGAUGGAGGAGGCCGGGGAGCUUGUGGGCGCGGUCCAGCGCGGCGUGCUGCGGAGGAGCGACGUCGCCGGGACGCUCGCGGAGCUGACCGCAGGGAGCGUGGAGGGGCGGCGCAGCCACGACGAGAUCACCGUGUUCAAGUCCGUCGGCACCGCGGUGGUCGAUCUCUUGGCGGCGCAGCUGGCAUACGAGACUUUCAUCGACAAAGCCAAGAAUCCUUGAGCUCGAGCUUGCUCCUAGAUGACAAUGAGCUGCUUCUUUCCGAGAAAAGUAAGAGGGAACUACAAAUAAAUUGAUCUGAUGAAUGCUUAUCAACUAUGAUCGUCCAUUGUAGCAUAUUGGCUUGACAAUGGAUACGAAUAAGAAUGUGCUCCACUACGUCACUGUGCUUUUCUUUA